AUGAAGUGGGGCAGCUACUGGCCAGAGGUUCUUAUAGUUGUCGGCCUUCUUGCCUUCAAUGGAUCCCGGUGGUUUCACGCGACGGACGCUUCAAGCCCUCUAAAGGUUUCGUCUGGUUGGACUUCCCAACGGAAAUUAGCCGCGCGCGAAAAAACACGGGAACUAUGGUAUCACGGAUUUGAUAAUUAUAUGACAUUCGCCUUCCCCUUGGAUGAGCUUACCCCGUUGUCGUGCUCAGGGCAGGGACCGGAUUGGACCAAUGUCGGCAACUACGCUGCCAACGAUGUUGCAGGCAACUUCUCUCUCACACUCGUCGACGUUCUUGAUACCCUUGUUGUGCUGGAUGAUCGUACGGGUUUCGAAAAAGCAGUAAAGAAUGUUAUCGAAUGGGUAUCGUUUGACGUCAACACUAAGCCCCAAGUUUUUGAAACAACAAUCCGCGUUCUUGGAGGCCUUCUUUCUGCACAUAUAUUUGCCAAUCAGACAGGGCAGCCAUUCCAUCUCCCAUGGUACCGAGGCGAACUUCUUUCCCUAGCACACGACCUUGGAAAGCGGUUAUUACCGGCCUUUUCGACUCCCACAGGGCUCCCAUAUGCAAGGAUUAAUCUUCGACAUGGUAUUGCGAAAGGCGAAUCGGUGGAGACAUGUACCGCUGGUGCAGGUUCUCUGAUAUUGGAGUUUGCAACCCUUAGUCGCUUAACUGGCGACGAUCGUUUUGAAAAGGCAGCUUAUCGGGCUUUCUUUGGUAUAUGGAAUCGGAAGUCAGACAUUGACCUAGUCGGAAAUACUAUCAAUACGUGGACUGGUGCCUGGACACACCCGGAGACCACAGGUAUAGGGGCUGGUAUGGAUUCCUUCUAUGAAUAUGCUUUGAAGUGGUAUAUCAUGAGUGGAGAAAUAGAGUUUCUUGACGUUUGGGAUGAUGCAUACGCUGCUUUGAUGCGAUUUUCCAGAACAAAAGAUGGGCAUUCGUACCGAACGGUGAACAUGCAUAGCGGCGAUGCCGCUUACAAUACGAUUGACUCUCUAUCGGCAUUUUGGCCUGGGCUUCAAGUCCUCGCUGGCGAUGUACAAAAUGCAAUCAAGUUACACAUGAUCUAUUAUAACCUGUGGAGGCAACAUGCAGGUCUGCCCGAAGUAUAUGAUACAAACUAUAAACAAGCUACUUCUCAUUCAUAUCCAUUACGACCAGAAUUUAUUGAAUCUACUUGGUAUUUAUAUCGCGCUACACGUGACCCUUUUUAUUUGGAUGUUGGAGAAAGAGUUCUUUUCGACCUUACUACCCGUGCAAAAGUCCAAUGUGGUUUGGCUGGCAUCUCAGAUCUCCGUACGAAUAAACGAGAUGAUCGAAUGGAAUCUUUUGCCCUGUCGGAGACCCUAAAGUACCUGUACCUCCUUUUUGACGAGGAUAACCCUCUUCAUAGUGAUGACUCUAAUUACGUUUUCACCACCGAAGGACAUAUUUUAACAUUGGGCCAACAACACAUGAAACCAGCUUCUUCCGCCAGAAAGCGAACAAGAAAAAUUGUAAAUCACCAGUGCCCAAUAUAUACUCCAUUCGUCACAACUCUGGAUCAUCGACGCAAACCUCCAGGACCAGGACUGGUCCAAGGUAUAAGGUCAAGGCCGGAUGUUGAUUACGCCCGCCAGUUGGUAGGCCUUGCGCCUAGUCACGCCGAUCAACAAUAUUGGUCGCCAGAUGGCUGGUGUGAACGACCUAAAGUCGACCCCUAUACUUAUGAAUUUAUUCUGGCCGCUCCUGGCCAAAAUGUGCAGGAGGAUUUAAGCCCAAGUUUACUCAAACUUGGGGUUCAACCUGAUGGAUAUAUAAUUCACAAUGUAUCUGGCAUUCGAACUCAGAUUGUACAACGUCUUGAUGGACAAGGUUAUGAUAUCAAGAAAUUGGGUCAUUAUUCCGUCCGCCCAGGCCAAUUGGUUUAUAUCAAUGAUUCGACAAUUUUCCCCUCAGGUGGAGAUAGUAUUGCCCAAGACGAACUCCAUCGACGUGAACCUGAAGUCAAUUUUAGACUAUUUACUGUGCAGACGGAUCCCACCGCCCCCUUGCCGAUUAGUCUUCUCAACAAAGGCAACAUCGACAUUUCAGUGCCGGGUUAUACAGCCAAAUUUGGGGCGGAUUUAUCCUCAUAUGUUGUUUUCGACUCAGUUGACGCAGUUCCACGGAUUCGAACUGCCGAAGGUGUGCCCAUCCUACGAGACCCUGAAAAUACCCAUGGCUGCGACCCAUACGACCGACCCUACCCUCACAGUAUGUUAAUUGUUCGACGGGGAGAGUGUACCUUUUUGGAGAAAGCCGUACAUGCCCGUGAUGCCGGGGCAGCUGGAGUUAUCAUCAUUAGCAAUGAAGAAGGCGCCAUAAACCCCACAGCGAAUAUCGAUGAAUUGGAAGAUGCUGGAGACCUUUCAAGCGUAGCUGUUGUAUUAUUACCCAAGAAGGCGGGAGAUGCUUUUGAGGAUCUGUUGAUUCUGACAGAAAGCAUGCAAUCUACCCAGAUUAUGAUGGCACUGCAGCAUCAAUUAAAUUCGGAGUCGGGAGAUCUGGGGUAUAUACCCAUAGAGGAGGAGGAACAUCCUAAAGAUCCAAAUCGAAUAUUGUAUAUCAACGGCCAUCCACUAAUAAACACCCGUUUGUUGGUUUAA